AGGAUAGAAAACGUAGAUAUAAUCAAUAUAUUUAUCGUAUAGAAGAAACUAGACAAAAAAGUAUAUAGCUAUCACCCAUAGCAGAUAUUUGUGAUCCUGUAAGAUUAUCUGCUGCUAGAUUUUAUUAUACUGGUUAUGGAUCUAAGUUAAAAUGUUUUAAGUGUUGUGUUGAAAUUGUAGAAUGGAGUCGAGGUGACAAUCCGUGGCUAGAUCAUCAACGAGCUAAAGCAAGCUGUCGUUUCAUUAGAAAUAUAGCUUGUGGUAAUGUUCCUAGAGGAGUAAGUCCACAACUUAUACCUAUGGAAGGUGAUCCACAUUGUAUACCUAUAGAUUUUCGUGCUUCGUAUCGUGUUUCAUUUACUUCAAGAGAAGAAGACCGUACAUUUUAUGCUGAAUUUUAUAUUGAUCUUGAAAUGGAAAAAUAUUUUAAUCCUCCAAUUGAAGAACAUUGUGUUGGAAUAUCUACUACACCUCCAGCGGAAAAAGAUCUGGUCUCAUAUGAAUCACGAUUAGAAACAUUUUAUUAUUGGCCGAAAUAUAUUUCUCAGACGAAAGAAUUCAUGGCUGAGGCUGGAUUUUUAUAUUCGUCUAUAGGAGAUUAUGUAAUUUGUCAUCAUUGUGGAAAUGGAAUGAAAGAUUGGAAAAAUAAUGAAGAUCCAUGGGAGGAACAUGCUCGAUAUUUUCCGGAAUGUUAUUUUCUCCGACUAGUAAAAGGAAAUGAUUUUGUGCAACGAUAUUCAUUGCAAUACAAUUUUGAAAAAUGUGAAAGGAGUACAGAAGAAAAAAAAAUUAAGAAAAAGAAAGACAAAAUAAAAAAAGAUAAAAAAAGUAAAAAAGAAGAUGAUACAUUUGUUUGUAAAAUUUGUUAUAAUAAACCUUUGUCUGUUAUUUUUCUUCCUUGUUUACAUAUGAUUACAUGUGUAAAAUGUGCUCCAGCAAUUGAUAAAUGUAUUAUAUGUCGAGUUCAUAUACCUGGUGUCAUUCAACCAAUAAUAUCAUAA